AGAUUUCAUCCCAGAAACACCUACUGUUGAACAGCUAAGAGGAAGACCUGUGAGUAGCAUGAAAACAUUUAUCCCAGAAUCGCCAUCUGCUUCCCAGAGUACGCCCUUACCACAUAAAAGCAAAGCCUUUUCUGUGGCUGAGUCUCCUUGCAAUAUUUCUGUGAUUCAGAAUAUGAGUGCUGGUGUUGUGGAUGAGGACAGUUUCUUCUUUGAUCCAUCCCAGCCUGUCAAGCAUAAAACAGACAAAAGGUCUGAAAAAGAUAAAAUUGCAACUUCAGAUGAUGUAAGGUCACGAGUUAAUGAUGAUAAUUCUAAUAGAGAUGAAGAGGAUGACAGUCCCACCCAAAUAUUUGACAGUCCCAAGGAUGUUAAAGAGAAGAGUGAUAACGGCAAAGAGCUGAAUACUGAAGGGGACAGAAAUCUCCAUGCAAAUGACAACAGUGGUGAAAAUAUUGACACUAAAGAAGAUAUAUUUAACCAGCCCACUCAGGCUUUUACUCAUAUAGACAAGUCUCCAAACAAAAUGUUAGAAAAAAAAACAGUUACAAUAUCAUCCUUUGUUGAUAGUAAAGACAACAGUGAUGAAAAUACUGAUACUGAGGAAGAUAUUUUUAACCAGCCCACUCAGGCUUUUUCCAAUUUAAAUCCAUCUCCAAAGAAGUUGUUAAAACAAAAAGUCAGUGAAUUAUCAUCAUCUGUUCAGGGAGAUCCUGAUAAUACUCAGGACAUAAUGGAAGCCUUUGAAAUGGUUCCAGUGAAAUCUAAUCCAGAAAAUGCAGCUCAAAAUGAAGAUUCUGAUGAUGAAUCAUUGAUUCCAACCCAGCCAUUUGAAGUGAAAGGGAACCAAGUAAAGGCCAAUCAUCAAGAUGAUGAUGAUUAUGUUCCCACCCAACUUUUCUUUGAUGACGAUGAUGAGAUAGUGUUCAAAAAACCUUUUACAGUUGCUCCUAAGUCUAGAAAAAGUAAUCCUAGUGUUGCAAUUUCAAAUGAUGACAUUCAAGAUGAAUUAUUCAGUGAUGACAACCAGGAUGUGCUAGAUACUCCAACCCAGGCUUUCGUUGCUGAUGAUAAAGAUGAUUUAGAAGCACCAACCCAAGCUUUCACUGGUGAUGAUAAAGAUGCUUCAGAAGCUCCAACUCAAGCUUUUUAUAAUGAUCAAGUCCCUUCAGAAGCUCCAACUCAAGCUUUUUAUAAUGAUCAAGUCCCUUCAGAAGCUCCAACUCAAGCUUUUUAUAAUGAUCAAGUCCCUUCAGAAGCUCCAACUCAAGCCUAUGAUGACCUUCCUCCAACCCAAAAAUUUGACCCAAAGCAAGAAGCUGUAAGUAAAGAAAAGGAGCCAGAAGCCAAAUUAGAGGGAGAUGAUGACAAUGACAGUGAUGUAGAUGACUACUUUAAUCAGCCAACUCAGCCUUUUUUAGCAAAAGAAAAUACUGAUAGAUCACUCUUGGAAAGACCAACACAGUGUUUUCGUGAUACUUCUCCAAAAAAUAUAACAAAGGAUGAUGAUGAUGAAAUAGAUGACUUUUUUAAUGAACCAACUCAAGCUUUUGCUGAAGCCAAGCAUAAUGCAGACAUUGAUUCUGAUGCACCGACUCAGCUGUUUGGCAAAAAAUCUGAAGUUGUAGGAGCACUAAGUGAAGAUGAAAGUUUACCACCUACACAUAGUGCAGACAUUGAUUCUGAUGCACCGACUCAGCUGUUUGACAAAAAAUCUGAAGAUAUAGGAGCACUAAGUGAAGAUGAAAGUUUACCACCUACACAUAGUGCAGACAUUGAUUCUGAUGCACCGACUCAGCUGUUUGACAAAAAAUCUGAAGAUAUAGGAGCACUAAGUGAAGAUGAAAGUUUACCACCUACACAGAUAUUUACUGCACCAUCUCCAAAUGAGUUGACAUUAAAGAGAGAUGAACAGGCUGAUGAUUCUUUAAUGCCCACCCAGCCAUUCACACCAAAAGACAGUACAAAUACACCUAAAGCCUCUGAAGAUACAUCAACUCACAGUGAACCAUAUGAUGUAGAUGCACCAACCCAAAUUUUUCAGGAGCCACUUGUAGCUCGGGAUACUAAUGAACCACCCCAGGUAUUUCAUGAUGAAGAACUUGCUGAAAGUGCUGAGAGCAUUGCUCCAACUCAGGUCUUUCAAAAUGAUGUGAAUGUCACAGAUGGAGAUUGCAGAGCAUCCACACAGUUGUUUAUACCUGAAGAUAAAACAUGCCCUGUUAAUAGACCACAAAGAGGCAUAAGUGAAGUAUGGGAUAAAUUGGAUGCAGAUGCAACUCAAGACAUUAGUCUAAAUGUAGAUGUUAAUAUUGAUGAAACACGUUUGGCUAAUGAGUCCAAUUUACAAGUAUUGUCUGAAAGAAAAGAAUUAGUAAACAAAGAAGAUUAUAAGGGAUCUGACAUGAAUUAUGAUGAUGAUAACUCCUCCACUGUGUCAGAAAAUUUGUUAGAACAAACACCACAGCCACAUUACAAAGAUUGUCUACUUAAGGAAGACGGUCAAGAGACCAAAGAUGAGAACUACUAUUCAGAUGAAAGCACCGAUAUGGAAGAUGAAAUCUUAGCUCCCAAAGACACUGUGAAAGUUCAAGAAGUGACAAAUGAUACAAGUAUUUUACAAACAAGUAAUAUGUCUCGCUUAGAGUUGAGUUCUGAUUCAGAUAUCAUCCCAGAGGUUAAAGGCACUGUCACUCAGCCACCUAAAAAUGAAAAAUCUCCUCAGGAGUUAGAGGGGCAGAAAGACAAGCCAUUGGAUGGGGAAAAGAAGCAGACUUAUGGAGAUAAUGGAUCUCAACAAUGCAAAGCUCAGAAAGAAGGGGCCAGUGGAAAACCAGGAAUACAUUUCACAAGAGUUUCCAAGGUGGUUGCUUCUGAACCAGUAGUUCUAAAGUCAGUAGGCAAGGCAGCUAAGUACAGCCAGUCUACACAAGAUUCUACCUGUGUGAAAGACAUCAAAAUUUACUCGUCAGAUAGUGAUGACAGUGAUAGUAUGGAUAGUAAGAACUGCAAAUCAGUGUCAGAAAAAGUAAAAGAGGUUGCAGAAAUUUUGAGUGACAGUGAAACUGAUGAUGAUGUAGGUAAUGUUUCACAAAGGUUAUUUGAGUUUUCUGAGGAGGACGAAGUUGAUAAAGGAAUAGGAAAACAGACUAGUAAUAAAGAUAAAUUUGAGGAGGAAUACCAUCAUAACACAAAGGGAAGAGACAAAACAGAGAAACAAGACGAACAGAUUCAUGCAUGGCAAUGUCGAAAGGCUGAAAAAAGAACUGUAGAAAACAUAGCCAAAGAAAAUGAACUAAACAUCCAAAAGGAAGAUGAAAAGGAAACUCCAAUAAAGAGCAAAAUAAACACAAGAAAAUCCUUAAUGAAACAGAUUGAAAGUCCCAUUGACUCUCACAGUAAAAAUGAUAUUAGGAAUAUGAUUAACAAGAAGGAAAUUGUUGAAAAGUCAGAUAAAUGUAGAGAAGUUGGUGCAGAAGAGACAAAAUGUAAUAAAACAACAAGAGAAAGAAGACGGGAUAAGAGACAGAGCCUAGAUUUAGACUCUAACACAGAGCAGAAGACAAAGAGUGGAAGAAUAAGGAGAGAACCCAGAAGAUUUUCUCCAGAUAGAAAUUCAGAGGUUGCUGAUACAUCAUCUGCUUCUGUUAUAUCAAAAGGAAAAACAGUGAACAUCACAAAAAACAUGGAAGAACAUGUAGGUGUUCAUCUGUCAAAGAGAACACAAUCAUCAACACCAUCCCCUUUGAAAAAAAAUUAUGAUAAUGAAGUAGAGACAACAAUCUCUUUAUCAGCAAAACUAGGGAACAGUCCAGAGACUGAUCCAAACAGAGUGGACUCUCAAAAAAAGGGACUUCAGCAAUCAGUUCCACAGACAAAGGAAGUUCAGCUUGAGACAGAAGGUAAUUUGCAAGGAAAAUGCAUUGGAGAAAUUGUAGGUAAGCAAGUAAGAAAAGAUCCAGGAAAAAGAGAACGAAGAUCAAUAUCUAAAACUUUAAAGGAACCAAAAAUAGAAGAGGAAAUUCAGCAAAGCAGUUUAGAAACUGAGAAUACUAAUUCUGAAAGUGUAGGCCAUGAAAAAAAAAUGGAAGUACAGAGAAAGACAAAUAGGGCCAGUAUUGCACUAACAAAGAAUCUGGUUACAGUAGCUGAGGAACAAAGUUUGGAGCCUGUCAGAAGAGGUCGCAGAUCUGCAAUCAAUAACCCAAAGGAAGGAAAAACAGAAAAAGCAAGUGAAUCAAACAGGGAAACAAGAGUUACUGUUGCUGAUAUUGUACAUAAGGAAGAGAAUAUGCAUACUCAAAGUAGACAAAGCAGAUCAGCAUGUGGUAGGCCAAAAGGGAAUAGGAACAUAAGCACUAAUCACAUAACUAAGCAGGAGACAGAAGAAAAAAUGAUAAUUAGAAAACAAGAAAACAGUGUUGAACCACGUCGAAGGGGACGUAAAUCAGCAAUUACCAAGUCAGAGGAAGGUAUGACUGAAGAAGCAGAUGAAGCUGUUAAGCAGAAAUCACUAGGAACUAGUGUAGAAAACAACCCAGAGGAAUUGACCAAAAGAGCAAAUCAGAAAAUGCAGCGGAAGAGUGUAGAAGAUAGCAUAGAAGAGCCAUUAAAGCAAGAAGUGAAAGUACAGCCAUCAAGAAGAGGACGUAGAUCAGCAGUUCCUAAGUCAAAGGAUGGUAAUACUGAAAAUAUAUCUGUAACUGAGAAUAAAGAUGUAGAAAUUGAAAUUAAACCCUCUAGGCAAGGGCGAAGAUCAGCAGUUCAAAAAUCAGUUGAGAGUGGAAUUGUGAAUCAGAUGAGGGAAACAGAAGAUAAUGAUACAGGAAAUGGAAGUAAAGAAAAGACAGCUGGUCGACAGAAAAGAGCACGCAGAUGGGUUGUUAGUGAGACAAAGGUAGUUGAUGAAUCAACAGAUUCUAACAAAACAUCUAGCUUGAAAUUGACAAUUAAGUCAAUGCAGAAAGAAUCUGAAGCAACAAAUCGUCCUCAGCGUAGAGGAAGAGCAAGUAUUGCUACAUCACAUCCUACUGUAAAGGAGGUUCCAAGGUCUACCAGACAAGUACGAUUGAGCAUGAUAUCUGAGAGGAUGGAAGAUGAGAAUGAUGGACCAAGUAAAUCAAAGAAACUAAAAAAGUCACAAGAUAAGGAAUUAGGAGGAUGUAGUUCUGUUGAGGAAAAGCUUUCAGAGAUGAAAGUUAAAGAUAAAAGAAAGCAAAAACAGAAAACUUCAGCUGAAGAAAGUUCAGAUAGUGAGUCAAGUUCAAAGAGGUCAUCAAGCCAAGAGAGUCAAAGAUCACAGGGCAGGAAAAGGGCAAGAAGAAAUAGUAAUUCUUCAGAGGAUUUACACUCGACGCCAAAGUCGGCAAGAACAAGAAUCAAAGUAGAAUCACCAUAUAGCAAGGGUAUCCUGUGGUCACCAUCACAAAGGCAGCAACAGGCUGAUGUACGACCCAAAGUCCUUUUUACUGGUUACACGGACCAACAGGAUGAGAAGAUUGUUACAGAUUUAGGGGGAAUGGUUGUGGAAUCUCCAAAAGAGUGUUCAGUGCUUGUUACGAUGAAUGUCCGAAGAACUUGUAAGCUUCUAGCGGUCAUUGGUAAAGGCAUGCCCAUUGUCACACCACAAUGGCUGUCAGCAUCAAAAUUAGCAAGAAACUUUGUUGAUCCUUGGAAAUAUAUAGUAAAGGAUACAGAAUCUGAGAAAAAGUUUGCUUUUCAACUUCAUCAAAGUCUUCAGUCUGCUAGGAAAAGCCUUCUUUUUGAAGGAUUAUCAUUUCAUGCCACAAGAUCAGUUAAGCCACCACCAGACCAAAUGAAAGAAAUUAUUGUAUGCUCUGGUGGAGUAUACAUGGAUGUUCCACCAAAGAGGUAUUCACCAGAAAUAAGAAUAAUUUCAUGUGCAGAAGAUAAAAAUCAGUGGGGUGCAUUCAAGAAACUACAGAUUCCAGUUUUAGGCACUGAAUUCAUUUUAACAGGAUUACUACGACAUCAACUGCUGUUGGAUGACUUUAUAUUAGCCUAAAUAGGGAACAAUACAAGGACCAUUAUUUGUACAUUUAUGUUUUAUACAUUCCUAUAUAUAUUGUAAAGGUAGUGAUUAUCUUAAUGAGAAUGUAAAUUUUAGUGUGAUGAAUAGUGCAUUUACUCUUAAAUUUUAGUACAAUAUUAUUCAUGCAGCUUAAAUGUGAAAAGCUCAGAGAAGUUGAUAGACACAAGUGAAAUUUCAUAUGUGAAUUAGCAUAUUUGUAUAAGUCCUAAUUAUCAAUAAUAUUAUUGAUAGUAAUACUUGUUACUAUUUGCAUUAGUUUUUUAUAUGAUAUUGUUGAUAAUGGUGUAGUGAUAAUAAUUAGAAAUGAUAAUUAAAUCCUGCUCUAGUUCCUUCCCCCAGAAAGAAGGAUUCAUGAGCAAAUUUAUAUGGGUAUUACAUUUCUUCAUGAAGCUAAUUGCAAUACUAACCAUAAUCUUUUCAAAAAUUGGAUGUUUUAUAAAUUUUAAUGAAACUGCUUAGUUAAUUUUUCAUGGAAUAAAAUCUCUUAGAUACAUUUUUUUGUCAAUUAGGAAUGAAAGAUUUGUGUUUGAUUAAAAAAAAAAAAAAAAAAAUAUUGCAUGAAUUUAUGCACAGUUUAUUUUUUGGAGAUAAAAAUAUAUGGUCAUAUUUGUUCAGAUAUAUUUUAUUUUAUAAAGCUUAUUAUGUAUGAAUAAAAUUAAGAAUUAU